AGAAAAAUAAAAAAAAGCUUAAAAAAAAAGCUGAAACUUUUCCUAGUCUAAAAAGCAAAGCAAAACGAAGAAAAUUAAGCAAUAAUGAAAGGGCAGGCUUCAGCUUCAUGGAGGGGCUCAGCCGUGAAGUUCAGAAUCCCAACAGCGGAGAAUUUAGUUCCAAUAAGAUUGGACAUCGAAGUGGAUGGCCACAGGUUCAAAGACGCUUUCACUUGGAACCCUUCUGAUCCUGAUUCUGAAAUAGUGGUGUUUGCCAAAAGAACUGUGAAAGACUUGAAGCUCCCACCUGUAUUCAUCACUCACAUUGCUUCCUCCAUUCAGUCUCAGUUGGCCGAAUUUCGGUCAUUUGAAGGACAAGAGAUGUAUGCUGGAGAGAAAAUAGUCCCUAUUAAGCUCGAUCUCCGUGUAAAGCAUACUCUCAUAAGGGACCAAUUUUUGUGGGACAUGAACAACUUCGAGAGUGAUCCCGAAGAGUUUGCUAAAACCUUCUGCAAAGAUUUAGGCAUUGAAGACCCUGAAGUUGCUCCUGCAAUUGCUUUUGCAAUCAGAGAACAAUUAUAUGAGAUUGCAAUUCAAAGCGUAGCUUCAGCUAGAGAAAGCAGAAUAAGCAAGAAGGGUCGUCGAGGUGUCGACCAUACACCAGCCAGUAAAGCAGGCAGUACUGCAGUGGACCUCGUGAAGUUAUUUGGUCAUAGAUCCAGUGUGGUUCGGAAGAGAAAAGAAUGGGACAUUUAUGAACCAAUUGUCGAUGUUCUAUCCAACGAGGAGGUGGAUGCCCUUGAAGCCAGAGAGGAGAGGAAUGCUCGGUGACUAUAAUGCGGAUUUAGGCAUAUUUCAAAAUGUUUAGGUAAAUUCCCCUUACUGGCUAGGGAAACUAGAUUGACUGCAGUGACCUUGUUAAACAAUUUUGCAUAGCUUGUAUAUUGUACUGUCUUGACCUUUCAGUUCUUCUAAUGUGCUUUGAAAAUGGUAGCAUCCUCUUCCAACAAAGUUCAACGUGAAAUUUUGGUUGUACUACUCCCUUUGUUCUUCUUACUGCAAGAUCUGUAAACUGAAGAAGCGUUCAAAACCCUUUAGGACUUUCUUUUUUGGACAUUUCAUGUUUUCCCCCGAGCUAUAGACUCUCACAAAAUGACUC